AUGGCUGGACUCUCUCUCGGGAGCAAUCCAGCACUUGAAACUAAAGUAGAGCUCUACAUUUCUUGCAAUAAUUUGCAGAAUAAGGAUUUGUUGUCCAAGUCGGAUCCGUGCUGUGUCGUGAAAAUUGGUGAGAGACAAUUGAAUGGAGAUUUUUAUUGGCAAGAUUUGGGAAGAACGGAAGUACAGAAAGAUAAUUUAAAUCCCAAAUUUACCAAGACAUUCAUUGUCACUUAUAAAUUUGAAGAAAUUCAACCACUCAAAUUCCUUCUCUAUGAUAUUGACAAUGCCACUGUUGAUUUGAGUGAUGAUGACUUUUUGGGAAGUUGUGAAGUGAAAUUGAGCGAGAUUGUUUGUGGUCCAGGAGGAGCUGUCACAAAAACACUGUUAGCUAAGCACGGAAAUGGUGGAACUAUCACUAUUAGAAGUGAGCAAAAAUCUAAAGUCAAAGAUUUAUUAGUAAAUCUUGAAUUAGAUGGUAAAGAUUUAGCAAAGAAGGAUUUAUUUGGAAAAAGUGAUCCAUAUUUCAUUCUUUCCAAAAUGAUGGGUAACGAAUAUGUGGACAUUUACAAAUCUGAAACCAUCAUGAAUAAUUUGAAUCCUCACUGGAAAGGGUUUACUUUACCAAUGCAAAAGUUAUGUAAUGGAAAUGAAAAUCUUCCAUUAAGAAUUCAAGUCUUUGACUGGGACAAACAUUCUGAUCCUGAUUUUAUUGGAAGCGUUGAUUUCACUUUCCAACAAUUGAAACAAGCUGAAACCAAUAGAACUGCACUCAACAUUAUUGAUGAUGGAAGCUUUUCCAAGAAAAAGAAACCUGCAAAGACCACUGGUAAAAUUUCAGUAAGAAAAAUAUCGUUCACUGAACCAGAGGAAGAAUACACAUUUUUGGAUUAUUUAGGAGGUGGUUUGGAAAUUUCCCUUUUGGUUUCCAUUGAUUUUACAGCUAGUAAUGGAAAUCCAAACGACCCUAAUAGUUUGCAUGCAGGUGGAAAGUUUAAUGAAUACGAGAUGGCAAUCAAAGCUAUUGGAGAUAUUUUAGCAUAUUAUGAUAGUGAUAAGCUCUUCCCAUCUUUUGGGUUUGGAGCUAAAAUGCCAACUGGUCAAGUUUCUCAUUGCUUUGCCCUCAAUGGAAAUCCAAGCAAUCCAAAUUCAGUUGGAGUUGAUGGCAUUUUACGUGAUUAUAGACAAGCUUUGAAUACUGUUGAGUUGUAUGGCCCUACUAAUUUUGCACCAACUAUUCAAACAGCUGUCACUCUUGCUUCCAAGCCUCCAUUGAGCUCAGCCAACAAAAUCAAAAAUACUGAUACUAUUAAUUAUUACUGA